GCGAAGAUUGGGUGGCAAAAUGGGAACCAGAAGCGACACGCACCAAGCACCAGCCGCCACAUAAAUUUUUCACAGUAAAACAACAAUGCCUCACGUAAAAUCGGGAGUGGCCAAAUCAACGGCGCUGCAUUUCGAUUGGUCGACGCUUGCACUAGAACCUCUACGCCGACGGUGAAUUUUAGUGGAAGUUUCUUCCAUUUGGCUCUUCUUCUCGCGUCUACGCUGGCGGUGGUGCUAUACAUUUUAUUGGAGAUUGCAGAGCUCUGAACAAGAUAUCUCAUUAUAUAAUUGAACCCCCCCCCCUUUACGGGGUUCAGUGUACAAACUAACUAAUCUGAAUUGGGAUACUGUCCUUGUACAUUGCUGUUUUCAGCUCACUCAACAAUGGUUCAUCAUGGUUCUACCCAAUUUUCUCAUAAAUUGGGAAUUCAAAGUGUUCAUGGAUGCAAUAAGUUACAUAUUAGUGUCAAGGGAAAGGCUCGUCUACAUCUUGUUACUAUCGUUCCAACAUCACACGGUCUGAGGCACAAAUCUGUCAGUCUUCAGCUCUUAGGCAGUGUAAGUCGCUCAAUGUAUCCUGUGUCUUCCAGAGCAAAUGUUUUUGUGUGUCGAUCUGUUCUGGAACCUAGUGGCGGAGCCGGGACUGCUGUUUUAAAAUCUGCAGCUGUGGUUUUGACAAGAUAUUAUGAUGCGUUACGUGGCAGUCCUCUGUUACUUAAAUUAAUUCCAGCAGCUUGUGUCAUUGCUUUUGCUGCUUGGGGUGUUGGACCUCUUAUGCGUUUGGGGAGGAUUCUAUUUCUUCAUGAGCCAGAUGGUAGUUGGAAGAAAAGUAGUACAUACUUUGUUACGAGUUCUUACGUUCAACCUUUACUGCUAUGGACUGGAGCUACACUGAUCUGCAGGGCAUUGGAUCCAGUAGUCUUACCUUCAGUAGCCAGUCAGGCUGUCAAACAACGACUUCUGAAUUUUGUUAGAUCUUUGUCUACUGUUAUGGCAUUUGCCUAUUGUAUAUCAAGUUUGAUUCAACAAGUACAAAAGUUUUCUUCUGAAUCAAAUGACUCGAGUGAUACAAGAAAUAUGGGCUAUGAUUUUGCUGGUAAAGCUGUUUACACUGCAGUCUGGAUUGCUGCUCUUUCAUUGUUCAUGGAGUUGCUCGGUUUUUCUACCCAGAAGUGGCUGACUGCUGGGGGUCUCGGAACUGUAUUGCUUACUCUUGCGGGUCGUGAGAUAUUUACUAACUUCCUUUCAAGCGUAAUGAUUCACGCAACGCGACCAUUUGUAGUAAAUGAAUGGAUUCAAACAAAGAUUAAUGGAUAUGAAGUCUCUGGAACGGUUGAGCAUGUUGGUUGGUGGUCACCGACCAUUAUCCGAGGAGAUGAUCGUGAAGCAGUUCAUAUUCCGAAUCACAAAUUCACUGUUAGUAUUGUGAGGAAUCUUACCCAGAAGACUCAUUGGCGUAUCAAGACUCAUCUUGCCAUCAGCCACUUAGAUGUUAAUAAGAUCAAUUAUAUUGUAGCUGAUAUGCGCAAAGUUUUGUCCAAGAAUCCUCAAGUUGAACAGCAAAGGUUACACCGCAGAAUUUUUUUGGAUAACAUCGAUCCUGAAAACCAGGCUCUUAUGAUUAUGGUUUCUUGCUUUGUGAAAACUUCUCGUUUUGAAGAAUACCUGUGUGUCAAGGAGGCAAUUCUCUUGGAUCUCCUCAGGGUUAUCAGCCAUCAUAGGGCCCGGCUUGCGACUCCCAUUCGCACUGUUCAGAAAAUAUAUGGUGAGGUUGACUUGGAGAACGUACCAUUUUCCGAGACCAUGUAUUCACGUACGGGUGCUACUAACCGUCCACUGCUUCUUAUUGAGCCAUCUUAUAAAGUCAAUGGUGACGAUAAAGCCAGAGUCUCUAGAACUCCAACUCGCUCGUCAAACGAAGAAAAAGAUGCUAAACAAGAGACAGUCUCAACUACAGGGACGAAAGCCCCCGACACAGCUGGUUCAACAUCAAGUAUUGAUAUGAAAACAGAUGAUAGAAAGCCGGUUACUCCAUCUGGUACUGUGCCUAAGCCGCCUUCAACAGGGUCGUCGGUGUCCAACACUCAGACUCAGGAUCUAUCAACCAGUACUCCAGAAGAAAGCAGCAUGGAAAAGGCAGUAACAAGCAAUGAGAUAAAAGGAGAAAAGAAAGAUGUGAUUGGACUGAAUUCCAAGCUGCCCAAAAGAUCACCCUCAGCUUCCAGUUCCGGCAGCGAGAAAGCUGAUAUUCCUCCUCCCUCAAGCUUGCAGAAUAAUAAGCAAGAUGGCGAGAAGGCCUCUGCAUCAUCAGUAGUGGGGAGGCCACCAUUGGAGGAGAAUAUCGUCCUUGGAGUUGCCUUGGAAGGCUCCAAAAGAACUCUUCCAAUUGAUGAAGAUUCGGAUCCGUCUCCCUUUCACUCUCCUGCUGAUUCAAAAGAAAUCUCCACACAGAGGAAUGGGAGCGAGUUCCCUCCCAAUAGCAAGGAUUUGAGAGAUGGCCAGUUGCCUGCAGUUCCUGGUGCGACGAAUAAUGAUUGAUUCCUGGUGCGACGAAUAAUGAUUGAUCAGUAGGCACGAGAGUCACCUUCUCCCAAUUAUUCUCUCGCAUUUUGAAGCGAUGCGAAAAUGAAAUGCAGAGCUAAGUUUUUAAGCAAGCAUUUUGCAGGCUCGCCAGUGUAGAAAGAAAAAAAAAAGUAUAUCUUGUUCCAAAGGCAACUCCAAAA